AUUUAUUUAGGAAUUGUUUUUUUUUUAUUUAUUUAUUUUGUAUUUUUUUAGUUAAUAAAUAACAUUACGGAUUGGAAAUAUGUUUACAGCGCUUUUGAUACAAUCGUCGAAAUUUCUUAUAUAUAAGAAUGGAAAUAAUAUGAAAUUUGUACCUGUUUAUGUAAAAUAUUGUGCGACGAAAACUAGCAAAGAGGAGAAGAUUACGAUAGGUGAUGUAACGAAAGAGAUCAAAACACCACAACAACCUGAACUAGUGCCGCAAAAAUAUGUGCAAUAUGCCGAAGAUGGUACUAUACAGCUAACGCAAUCGGCUUUACAUCAUUUGAGAUGGAUGCUGCAAAAGGACACAUUGAAGCAGGAUAUAUUUCUGCUGGGUCAACCUGGUCCGCUAAGGCGACAAUUGGCGAUGCAAUUUCUGGAAUUGACUCAAAGAGAAUUGGAGUACAUUGCCCUUAGUCGUGAUACAACGGAGAGUGAUUUGAAGCAGAGACGUGAAAUUAAAAAUAAAGCGGCCGUCUAUUAUGAUCAAUGUGCGGUUAAAGCAGCGAUAAAUGGUCGAAUAUUAAUAUUAGAUGGCGUGGAACAUGCGGAACGUAAUGUUUUGCCGAUUUUGAAUAAUUUGCUAGAAAAUCGGGAAAUGCAUUUGGAGAAUGGUAAAUUUCUGAUGGCCCCCGAGCGCUAUGAUAAACUAUUAGAGAACUAUACUAGAGAUGAACUGGAUUCUUGGGGUCUUUUAAGAGUUUCCGAGGAUUUUCGCGUAAUAGCUUUAGGUUGCCCUACCCAAAAAUAUAAAGGUACACCGUUAGACCCGCCGUUACGAUCACGCUUUCAAUCAAGAAAUAUCCCACACUACUCGUUUGAAGAGAUGUUUAUCGAUUUGAUAGUCUCCGCUCCUCACGUUCCUGUCGAUAAUCUGAAAAGUUUGCUUUCGUUUGGCUUGGCCGUACAAGCGGCCGAUAGCUCUUCUAACUUACCAGAUUUUCCUCUGGACAAUUUACAUUUAGCCGCCACAAUGAUGAACACAAAUCCAAAGCUGAGUGUGCAUGAUGUUCUGGUGCGCUUGUAUCCCUACAAUUGCAGUUUAAAAAAAGAGCAGCAGCAACGUAUUAAAAAUUUAUUAACUUCGUUUAGUAUAUCUCCUUUGCCGAGCGGUGCCGUAAAGAAGAUCAUUACUCAAAAAGAUAAUACUCAUAAUAUAAUAAAAUUCCAAAUCGAUGACGUUAUGGUGAAUAUACCCGGUGGUCGAUAUGUUAAGCUUUCUCAAAGAGAAAAGAAUUUUGUUGAUUUAGAUCACCAACGCCACAUACUUGCACAGAUGAUUCAGGCGGCAGCGGUGGGUGAUAUCUGCCUAAUAGGUCAAAAAGGGGUAGGAAAAUAUACGCUAGCUCAACAUUUGGUUUCUACGCUGCAACAAUCUCUUGAACCUAUGGUUCUCUAUGAAGACAUGACUUCACGUGAUUUAGUUCAACAACGUAUUACUACCUUGGAUGGUGAUACAAUAUGGCGUGAUUCUCCAUUGGUACGAGCGGCGAAGAAUGGAUCCGUAGCUCUGCUGAAUGGUCUCAAUCGUUUGCAUAAAAGCACUGCAAGUGUAUUGCAGCGACUAAUACAUGAUCGUGAAUUGCAAUUAUGCGAUGGCAUCACCCUUCUACGAGGCGAUCGUUAUGAGUCUUUGUUGCAGCAAGGUUUCUCCAAAUUACAAUUAGCGGAGCAGGGUAUCUUUAAAAUACACGAUAGUUUUCGUAUCAUAGCCUUAGCGGAACCACCAAACCUUUCCGUGGCCGCACAAAACUGGUUGACACCCGAGAUGUUGAGUCUUUUUUUGUUUGUUGAAGUUCGGCCUCUACAACAGUCGGAGGAGUAUGAAAUUUUGCGCAAAUUGUAUGGCGAAAUUAAUGAAGAAAUGCAUAAAGUCAUUGAUUUGUCUCAUAUAUUGCGCAAUUCACCUGACAACACUUUACAAAAUUUGGCAGCUACCCUGUCAACACGACAGCUACUUAAAAUUGGACGUCGUAUGUCAGCCUAUCCCACCGACACCUUUGAGAUUAUACAGAAUACAUUUUUAACAAAAUUUAUGCCAGCGUUACCAAGGGCGGCUUUAGAAAGUGCUAUUGCGAAAGCAAAAAUUGAAACAUCGUCUACCAACCGAGAAAGUAAACGCCGUAAAAUUAGCGUAGAGAACAACGUUUUGCGCAUUGGCAGCACGGAAAUGCAACUUGAACCUACAAGUGAAGAAUCCAAAGUUCCUAGCACCCUGUUCUAUGAAAUGCCUCAGCAUGUAGCCUUAUUGGAGCGCCUAUUGCAAGAUUUUCUUAUUGGCGAUCACCUGUUAUUGGUGGGAAAUCAAGGCGUAGGUAAAAAUAAAUUAAUCGAUAAGUUAUUGCAGUUGAUGAAUAAGCCGCGUGAGUAUUUGCAAUUGCAUCGUGACACUACUGUGCACAGUUUGACUGUUCAGUCCACGUUGCGUGACGGUCAAGUAGUGUAUGAGGAUAGUCCGCUGGUGAAGGCGGUUAAAAAUGGUCAUGUUUUAGUAAUUGAUGAGGCUGACAAAGCUCCGGUAAAUGUCACAUGUAUUUUACGCACUUUGGUGGAAAGUGGAGAGAUGAUGCUCUCGGAUGGGCGCAAAAUUGUGGCUCCUGGUGACAAAGAUGCUGCUCUCGCUGAGAAUCCUACUCAAGAUAUCGUAGAAACUCAUCCCAAUUUUCGGGUUAUUGUCUUAGCUAAUCGUCCCGGUUUUCCGUUUUUGGGUAACGAUUUCUUUGCCUCUUUGGGUGAUGUAUUCAGUUGCCAUGCAGUCGACAACCCUUCGCCAGAUUCCGAAAUUUACCUUCUACAGCAGUACGGGCCUUCCGUGCCUAUGAAAACUUUGGCAACGUUAGUAAACGCUUUCGGUGAAUUACGACAAAUGGCUGAUGAAGGCUUACUAAAUUAUCCAUAUUCCACUAGGGAAGUUGUUAAUAUUGUUAAACAUUUGGAAAAAUAUCCUAACGAAAACAUGUCCGAAUUGGUGGGUAAUGUUUUGGACUUUGAUCGAUAUCAGCCGGAAGCUUUAGAACAGGUUACAAAUGUGUUGGCUAAACAUGGUUUACCAAUAGACGCCUACGCUCGUAAUGAAUUGUUUGCCUUGCGUAAAAAACGUGAAAUGAAAUUAACCGUUCAGCGGACAAGUGGUUUGGGGGUCUCGGGCCCAAAAUAUGGUAAGGUGGAUCCUAAAAAUGAGCCUCACGUCGGAGGUAAUACUUGGGCGGGAGGGACUGGUGGCCGUGAUACCGCUGGUUUAGGUGGUAAGGGUGGACCUUUUCGUUUAGAUGCUGGCCAUCAAGUACAUCAAUUAUCAGAUGAGGAAAAAGAUGAUAUACCGGAGGAGGUGAAGAAGGCCGCUCGUGAUAUGAACCGGAAGGCAUAUGAAGAGAAAUUGAAGGAGAUACGCAUAUCAGAGCACGAUCAUAAACUCUAUGCUCAAUUUAGCGAACCCAUAGGUAAACAAGUGCAGCAAUUGAAAGCCAUUUUGGAUGCCAUGCAAACCAAGAGCAAAGAACGUCAGUGGCAAAAGUAUCAAACUCAUGGUGAACUGGACGAUACACGGUUAAUUGAAGGUAUUACGGGGGAAAAAAAUAUUUAUCGGCGUCGUGCAGAAGCAAAUCCUUGGGCCGAUCAUAUUCAAGAAAAGCCAAAUCGUUUAAAACUCGUUGUGGAUGUCUCUGGUUCUAUGUAUCGCUUUAAUGGCUACGACGGUCGUUUGGAUCGUGAAUUGGAGGCGGUAGUUAUGGUUAUGGAAGCCUUUGAAGGCUACGAAAAGAAAAUUGUCUAUGACAUUGUCGGUCAUAGUGGAGAAAGUUUCGAAUUGCCUUUCGUUAAUGCGGGCAGUCCACCAAAAACUGAUAAGGAACGAUUGGAAACCAUACGUAUGAUGCAUGCUCACUCACAAUUUUGCUGGUCCGGCGACAGUACAGUUAAAGCUACUAAAGAAGCUGUAAAUUCAUUGACCCACGAAGAUUAUGAUAAUAACAUGGUUGUUGUGCUAAGUGAUGCCAACUUAUCGCGUUACGCUAUUCAACCAAAAGAAUUUGCCAAAGCUUUAAUGGACGGUGAACCGAAAGUUAAAGGUCAUGUAAUUUUUAUAGGUAGCUUAGCGGAGGAAGCAGACAUCAUAAACGCUCAAAUGCCGGCCGGUCACAGCUAUGUCUGCAUGGAGGUAUCUUCUUUACCGCAAAUUUUAAAACAAAUUUUCACUUCUUCGUUAUUGUGAUUUAAACGAAUUAUGAAAUGUGUUAAUUUUUUGUGAUUACAAGCUUUACAGUUUAAUUAGAAAAAUUAUUUGAAUUUUUUGCAAAAUAUUUUUAAUUAUAAUAUAUAUAUAUGUAUAAAAUUUAAAUUAGAAAGAUUUGUUAUUAGCGAUCAGUCAGUUAAGCAUUUAUAGAAUAUUAAUGGUUAGAAAAGAAAAACAAUCGCUUUUGAUUUUCUAAUUAAAGUCUUUUAUUUACAAUGAACUUAACUUAAUUAAUUCUACAUAAUUAACAUUCUAUUAAUGACUUAAACACUCUUAAAAAUAAAUAUUAAACAAAUCAUUUCACAUCUUAGUCUAACAACUUUGUUCUGAGAUCACAGGCAUACAAAUUUCUUAGACAUUGUCACUCACACAAUGGCACAUCAUUUUAUCAAAAAAAAAAAA